AUGCUGGCCAGAAAGAGCAUCAUCCCGGAGGAGUAUGUGCUGGCGCGCAUCGCGGCGGAGAACCUGCGCAAGCCGCGCAUCCGAGACCGCCUGGCCAAGGCCCGCUUCAUCGCCAAGAGCGGGGCCUGCAACCUGGCGCACAAGAACAUCCGCGAGCAGGGCCGCUUCCUCCAGGACAUCUUCACCACCUUGGUGGACCUGAAAUGGCGCCACACGCUGGUCAUCUUCACCAUGUCGUUCCUCUGCAGCUGGCUGCUCUUCGCCAUCAUGUGGUGGCUGGUGGCCUUUGCCCACGGGGACAUCUAUGCUUACAUGGAGAAGAGCGGGAUGGAGAAGAGUGGCGUGGACUCCGCUGUGUGUGUGACUAAUGUCAGGUCCUUUGCCUCUGCUUUUCUCUUCUCCAUUGAGGUUCAAGUGACCAUUGGGUUUGGAGGGAGAAUGAUGACAGAGGAAUGCCCUCUGGCCAUCACAGUUCUGAUUCUGCAGAACAUCGUGGGCUUGAUCAUCAAUGCCGUCAUGCUGGGCUGCAUUUUCAUGAAAACGGCUCAGGCUCACAGGAGGGCAGAAACUCUGAUAUUCAGUCGCCAUGCUGUGAUUGCGGUCCGCAAUGGCAAGCUGUGCUUCAUGUUCCGAGUGGGCGACCUGAGGAAGAGCAUGAUCAUCAGCGCCUCGGUGCGCAUCCAGGUGGUCAAGAAGACCACCACCCCGGAGGGGGAGGUGGUGCCCAUUCACCAGCUCGACAUUCCUGUGGAUAACCCUAUUGAGAGCAAUAACAUUUUCCUAGUGGCCCCUUUGAUAAUCUGCCAUGUGAUUGACAAGCGCAGCCCCUUGUAUGAAAUCUCAGCCACGGACUUGGCCAAUCAAGACCUGGAGGUCAUAGUGAUUCUGGAAGGAGUGGUGGAGACCACCGGCAUCACCACGCAAGCCAGAACCUCCUACAUCGCCGAGGAGAUCCAGUGGGGCCAUCGCUUUGUGUCUAUUGUAACGGAGGAGGAAGGAGUGUAUUCUGUGGAUUACUCCAAGUUUGGCAACACUGUGAAAGUAGCUGCUCCCCGGUGCAGCGCCCGAGAGCUGGACGAGAAGCCUUCCAUCCUCAUCCAGACCCUGCAGAAGAGUGAACUGUCCCAUCAGAAUUCCCUGAGGAAGCGCAAUUCCAUGAGAAGAAAUAAUUCCAUGAGGAGGAACAACUCUAUCCGGAGGAACAACUCGUCCCUCAUCGUGCCAAAGGUGCAGUUUAUGACUCCAGAAGGAAAUCAAAGCACACCAGAGUCAUGA